AUGAACUCAAUCUGCUAUACCACAGUCUUUGGAUCGACGGGAUCAGGAAAAAGUACAUUACUAAAUAUCUUAUAUGGUAAGAAAUUUAGUACUUCUGAUGAUGGUGAUCUUAUUUUCUAAGAAGGUACAAUCUUUAAAGUUAGUAGUGAAACAUAGUCUGAAACAAAACUAUAUCAAGAGGAAAAAUUGAAAGGAUCGAAUAUGUAUUUAGUUGAUACACCUGGAUGUUAAGACACUGAUCCUAUAGAGAGGAUAGAAAAUCUUUAUAAAUUAAAAAAUUAUUUUAAAUAGUAAUAUGAAAGAUAAUUUAAGUUUAUAUUUUUGUUCACUGAUGGAGAAAUAAAGGCAAACAGAGGCCAAGGUCUUCGUUUGUUAAUGAAAGAGUUAUUUCAAUUAUUCAAAAAUUUUGAAGAUUUUACUAAUUCUACCCUUGUUGUAUUCUCAAGAGUUCGUCCAUAUGAAGUACAUUCAAAAGGACAUUAAAAUUAAAUUUAAAGAUUGAGAAGAGAUUUUCUGAAAGAUUUAAUUGAAAAUAGGUAAGGAGAAAUAUUAAAUAAUAGUUAUAACUUCUUCAAUUAAAUUCCUUAAGAGAAUUUUUUUACUUUUUCAGAGCCUCAGGAUCAAAAUGAUUGUUAAAUUGUUGAAAAAGAGAGAGAAAAAAUCCUUGAUCUUUUGAAAAAUAAAAUUUAAUCUGUAAAUAAAGUAUUAUUAAAUACUCAACACAAAUUAGAUAGUUAUGUGAAAAUAUUCAUAUAAGAAAAAUUCGAUAAAAUUCGAGAGUUGAUGUAAAUUAAUAGAACAGAUUAACUGAUUCUUUAAAAUUUAAUAACUACAAUAGUUGAGAAUGCUGAAAUUACACAGAAAUAAAAAUAAACAUUACUUGAAGAGAAAAAAUAAUAACUUUAAAUCUUAGAAAAUUAUAUUAAAUAACUUAAAUUAAUUCAAUUUAAUAGUUAUAUAAUAGAUAAUUUAUAGUCCCUCUACAGCAUUGUAAAUAAGUAUAAUGAUAUUGAGGAGGAUAAUCACUAUAAAAAAAAUUUAAAUUCUUUUUCUACUCAAUUUAUUAAUACAAUAAUAUAGAAACCUUCCAUAGAUUUUAAUAAAGAGACAUAGACUUUAACUUUGAAAGCAUUUUAUUUACACAGCUCUUAUAUGGAUUAAGAAAUCCUUCCUUAAUACAGAGGGAAUAAUUUAAAAAAAAUAAUUAUAAAAAUAGAGCACGCAUUUAUUUUCGAUUCAAAUGAAUUUUCUUUUAGAGGAGGGUAGCUAGCCUUGAAAUGCAAAAAAUUUAUCAUAGCAAAAUAAGCUAAAAUGUUAGACCUUUCAGGAAAAAGAUAUGAGUAUAUCAAAAGUAAAUUUAAAUAUAGACCAAAUACUAGUGGGAAGGGGGAAGACGGUUAAGAUGGCUUACCUGGAGAUCCUGGUGAGAAUGGAGGUUGCUUUUUAUUGUGUAUUGAAAAUUAGGAAGGAAUAAUCUCUAAAUAUAAAAAUACUAUUUAAGUAGAUGUAAGUGGAGGUAAAGGAUAUGAUGGCUAAGAUGGAGGAAAUGGUGGAGACGGACGAGCUGGAAAGGAUGGUGAUUUUUAUGGUGUUGAAUAAAGAAAAGAAUACUAUUUGGCAUAUGUAAUAGAUAUAACAGAAGGUUUUAAAAAAUAUUUUUCAUUCAACAAUGAAUAUGCUCUUUAUUAUAAAUCAAAUGGUGAACCAGGAUAAAAAGGAGGAAAUGGUGGAAAAGGAGGAUCUGGUGGUUAAUAAGGAAAUCAUGGAGAUUUUGAUAUUAUUUCUUGGAAUGGUUAAUAAAUCUAUAAUUCCUUUUUCAAAGUAAUAAAAGAUAAUAGACCUAAAGGUAAAGAUGGAAAAUGUGGUUUCCCUGGCAGAGGAGGAGAAGGAGGAUAAAAUUUUAUUGCAGUUUAUAAAGAUGAAUUUUUUUGCCCCACAAUAAGAGGAAUAACAUCAGAAAUGAAUAAAAAAUAAACUGAUGAAACUAAUUUUUCUUUUGCAUCUAGUAUGAUUGGUUCAACAACUGCUUAAGCAAGUAUAACAACCUUAGCAAAACUUGCAUCCUUGCCAGUUGGGAUAGCUGUAUCUUCUGUUCAAGGAUUAGCGAGUAUAAUAAGUGCUUCAACUGGUAAUGGCUUUAUUGAUGGACCAAGAUCUGAUGGUAGAGCAAAUAAAGGUGAGGAUGGAAAUCGAAAUUUCAAUCUCAAUAAAAGAUUUAUAUAUCAUGAUCAAAAUGAAAAUAUAAUUGAAUAUAUCUAAAAUUUGAAUAAUUUAGAAAAAUAAAAAUUUUUAAAUAAAUUUGAAUUUAAUUUUAUUUGA